AGUCUUCUCGUCGGAGCUCGGAAAGUGGCGGACGGGCCGGUUGCGCGCUCGUCAUCAUUCGGAGGAGGGCGACGCGCGCUCUAUCUCUCCCACGCGCGUAAACGCAACCCACGCACGCAGCCGGCGCGCACGCUCACACACGCCCGGAGACGCUCUUGUCGCCGCAGUCAAUCACCGGCACCGACCUGCACGGAUCUUUUUUCUUCUUUCCCCACCCUUCCUUACACACACCGCGAAGACGCUUGCAGUGCCCCUUAUCCGACCCCGCCGGUCAUGUCAGUUUAGCUGCCCUGCGGGAUGCCUGAUCAUGACAGCGCCGCGCUCCUAACCAAACAGACCAAGCGUAGACGCGUGGACAUCGGGGUGAAAAGGACCGUAGGGGGCGGCGUGACCGGGGUCCUGCUCGACGGCAUGAACCUGCAGUCGCACAGCCCCGAUCGGGACGGGGAUCUCUCGCUGGCGGCCCGCGGCCACGGCGACGGGGAGAAAUCCAACGUUCUGAGGAAGCUGCUGAAAAGGGCCAACUCCUACGAGGACACCAUGAUGCCUUUCCCCGGGGCAACUAUUAUCUCGCAGCUCCUUAAGAGCAACAUGGGAAAGAACGGCGGGAGCGACUCCGGCUUUCAGGGCAGUGGAGCUCUGUCCAGUGGGGGCUCAGAGAUCCAGGCCGAGGACGGCUGCAGCAACGCCUCCUCCCAAGACCGGGACAGUCCGUCCAACUGCAUUUCCCCCGGACCCACUCUCCCUUUGGUUCCGCCCUCUUUCGGGCGACCGACUUCCAACCUCAGUUCCCAUACUACUGUUCAGCCGCUCUCCCUUACGUCGUUUGACUUCGACAGGCUGUCAGAUGAGCACCUACGGGCGAAGAGGGCCCGGGUGGAAAACAUCAUCCGUGGCAUGAGUCAUUCCCCGCUGGUCCAGUCCAGCAUUGCCGGCGACCACGGCAAAGAAAGCAACUUCGACAAUGAGAGCUCUCCAGGUUCACGAGCUGGCGGGGUUAGCGCCGGCGAGGUCUACCGGGAGAACAAAAGGAAGCAGCGCCUGCCUCAACAGCAACAGAGCUUCCCGCAGCUGGUGUGUUCCAGGCAGGAGCAGCGACAAGAGGAGAGGAGACAGCUGAAACUGCAGCUGGAAGACAUGCAGAAGCAACUGCGCCAACUCCAGGAAAAGUUCUAUCAGAUCUACGACUCUGAGACAGAAGAAGAGGACGAGAUCCACGAUAGAGGCGAGGGGGACAGAGGUGGUGAGAGGGAUGAGGAUGGUAACCUGUCCGAGGACAGUAUUCGCUCUGAUGGUCUAGAGGAGAGGCACAGAGACAGAGGGCGCCGCCGCCAUGAUGAACUGUCAGAACUGGACCCGGGUCUGUUCCUGGACCGGGCCAGAGCCCUACUUAGACAGCAGGCCUUGAUGGACGGCGAAAUGGUGGACGACGUGGAAGGGAGGUCUCAGGAGGAGGAAGAGGAGAGGAUGGUGAAGAGGAAAGGAGGGCGACAGUUAGCGGAGACGCUGAAGCAAGAGCUCAACUGUGCCGUCUCGCAGGUCGUCGACACCGUCGUCAAGGGCUUCUCGUCGCCCAAGCAGGCCGUCAGCCAUCAUCAUGGCUGUCAUAGUAGCACCCCGGCUGCCCCUUCCUCUUCAUCCAAUUCAUCCUCCUCCUGUCCGCCGCUCUUUGGGCCUCUCCCCUCCCUCACCCCGGAUUCCCGUUUCGGCGGCGGCGCGUUGGCCCUGAGUCUCAACGGGGACGGCAGCCCCACCUCCAACUACCACUCGUCCAAUCAGAGGCUCCACUGUUUCGGAGACAUCAUCGCCCCCAGCCCGUUGGAUUCCUUCAACGGUCUGAGCGGCAGAUUAAGCAGCGUGCCGACUCCCAACGACCAAACCGAGGCGUUGCCGCUCGUGGUCCGCAAGAGCGGCGGCGCCGGCGGCUGCGAGGAAAACGGCAACCCUCCGCUACCUCCUCCUCCACCUCCGCACCACCCCUCUCUCCCACUCACAGCCACUCUUGGCUUCAGCCCUCCGUCCUUUCGCCAUCCGUUCCCCCUCCCGCUUAUGGGCUACCCCUUUCACAGCCCUCUGGGGUCGCACGGGGGCGGGUACACCACGGCGGCCAAAGACAACAACCACCACCACCACCACCACCACCACAUUCGCUCCUCCCCAGAUUCCAUGGACAUGACCCGAGAAACUCUCAGCCUGAGAACCAAAAUGGCCAACCUGGGAGGAGGGCACCUCGGUCACCACCACAACAGGCAGAGUUCCCCGAGCCAACACGGGCCUGAAAGCUUGUCGCUGUCCCUCAUCAAGUCCGAGUGUGGGGACCUGGCGGACAUCGCCGACAUCUCACCUUAUUCGAGCAGCACCAUCCAAGAAGGUCUGUCACCCAACCACCUGAAGAAGGCCAAGCUCAUGUUCUUCUACACUCGCUAUCCCUCCUCCAACAUGCUCAAAAUGUUCUUCUCCGACGUCAAGGUGAGCAGUGUCGCAGUUUCUCAGGUGACCCCGAGACACGCGGCAAAAUGUCAACCCGUGUGCACGGGAAGCAACUUUACCUACCUACCUUCCUCCGUAUUCCUCAACACCUUCAUACCAAGCCAUGCUAUUUCCCUCAUGCUCUUGUCAACGUCUGCCCUUGUUCCUGUGUUGGCGAGUUGUGCGUCUCAUCAUCUUUUUGUGCCCUUGCUUCACAAACUGCCCUUUUGGUUCUCGACUCCUUGCUUGUCCCCGGACUUUGACGUUUCUCUCCUGCCCUGGAUAAUCUGCCUGCCCCAUGGACUUUCGUAUUUCUUCGCUCUCAACAACAUUUGGUUCCGACACAUCCAGAAUGUGUCGAAGUUCAAGUGCUCGGUCUUUUGUGUCUCAAGUCGUAGGCAAUCUGCAAUCAACGCACCUGGUUUAAUGAACAGGGACAGUAUAAAGAGCUUGACCGCUGACUUCUCGUCAUCGGAACAUAGCCCCGUGUACAUCGACGAUGAGCUCCUUGGUCAUGUCGACCUUGAAGACCAGGUUGUUGGUUACGCACCAGUCAGCCAGAUGUCAGUUGUUGUCAGUUAUCUGCACGCCCAGGAACUUGGUGCUGCUUACGAUCCCUACUGCUGUGCCAUUGAUGAAGACUGGAGUGUGAAUGGAUUGGUGACUCCUGAAGUCGAUGAUGAUCUCCUUGGUCUUGUGGACGUUCAAGACCAGGUUGUUGGUUCCGCACCGGUCAACCAGAUGUCAGUUAUUGUCAGUUAUAUUCACGCCCAGAAACUGGGUGUUGCUUACCAUGAAGUCCCUGUGUGUCUUUUCCUCCUUAUAGAAGCAAAGGUUAACAAGAAGAGAUGA